AUGCCCAAGGUCACGUGUCCGAGGAACAAGCUAAAGGCCCUUGUCAACUUCCACAGCAGCAAUCUGUUUAACCAUGAUCAUUCCAUUCAAUUUCAGUGCUGCAAUUGGUUCCGGAAGGCGGACAACAUUCAACUCCUGUUGACAAUCACGUCCGUAGUAUUAGGCCUGGUAAUAGGCAUUUCUGUGAAGACCGCCUACCCGAACAUCAGCCGUCGCACCGUCGACCUAGUCGCCUUUCCCGGAACGCUGCUCAUGAACAUGCUCAAGAUGCUGAUCAUUCCUCUAAUCACAUCAAGUCUCAUUUCUGGUCUUGCCAAUUUGGAUACCAAGUCCUGCGGGAAGAUAGGCACUUACGCACUGAUCUAUUACUUCACCACCACAUUGAUGGCCGUCGUUCUGGGCAUUAUUCUCGUGGUGGCCAUUCACCCCGGCAACCCCGCUAUCAAGGAGAACCAGGUUUCAUCGUCUACCACGUCAAAGACGAGCCCUAACACUCUUGACGCCUUCCUCGACCUUUUCCGAAACAUGUUCCCGGAGAAUAUCAUACAGGCCUGCACGAAGCAAACUCUAAGCCAGAUGACCAAUGUUACCGUCCUGCGGAAAGUUAAGGAGGGGAAUAUAACAAAAUUCAAGGAAUCUGUCGAGGAGUAUGCUCGGGCGAGCUUUAUAGACAAUACCAAUGUGCUCGGUCUGGUUACCUUCUCAAUUGCGUUUGGCCUCGGCAUCGCCAGUAUGGGGAAGCAAGGUCGUCUCAUGCUGGACUUCUUCAUUAUUAUGAAUGAGAUUAUUAUGCGCCUUGUCCGUGUUAUUAUGUGGUACGCUCCAUUUGGGAUAAUCUUUCUUGUCAUCGGCCAGAUAAUCGCCAUCGAUGACCUAAUGAGCACUGUUACAGGCCUAGGGCUGUACAUGUUGACGGUGAUAUCAGGCCUGUUCAUCCACUUAUUCCUCACGCUCAUGUUGAUGUACUUCAUUAUCUGCCGUAAAAACCCCUUCACCUACAUACAUGGGCUCUUCCAGGCCUUCUUUAUGGCUAUUGGAACUGGAUCCAGCUCGGCUACCCUACCCGUCACCUUCAAGUGUCUGGAGGAGAAUCUCGGUAUUGAUGCCCGCGUGACCCGUUUUGUUCUUCCAAUCGGCGCGACGGUAAACAUGGAUGGAACUGCACUCUACGAAGCCGUUGCGUGCAUCUUCAUAGCUCAAAUCAACGAAUUACCACUCUCUGCUGGCCAACUCGCCACAAUUAGCAUAACAGCCACUCUGGCUGCAAUCGGGGCCGCUGCAGUGCCUAGUGCUGGCUUAGUUACCAUGGUGAUGGUUCUCACCUCCGUGGGUCUCCCGGUCAAUGACAUCGCCCUCAUCUUCGCGGUUGAUUGGAUGUUGGAUCGAAUACGCACUUCUAUCAACGUAAUGGGUGAUGCCUUUGGUGCGGGGAUUGUGGCUCACCUAUGUCGGGAACAACUGCGGACGCCAGCGAAGCGCCUUAACAGCGUCUGUGUUGCCGUGCCAAAAACCAAAUGGAACGACAACUUGGAUGACAGCGCCGACGAAUGCGAAAACGACAGCAAUAACCAUGACAUCUCUGUCGAACUCGUAGAAGCAACUUCAGCUCAGCGACCAUCGUCAUAA